GCAGAACCCGAAAACCGUGCUCUACUCAGCCUGAAGAUUCGACAACCUAACGAUUUUGCAAGCUGCUCACAUUGUUCCUCGUGAAGCGCGCCAUGGUGAGGAAUGGCGGUCGAAGUUCAACUGUACAAAGCAGGCCAGGCCUGAGGAAGAAGAUGGAUAAGCAGUGCUUUUCUGAUUUUGGUCAACUGAGGACAGCUCAGCCUUGCAUGUGUGAUACUGGGAGUUCGUUUAGUCCUUUGGUGCCUGCAAAGUGCUGAUUUUUGUCAAGGGGCGACCUAGCUGAUUGAAUUGAGAGGAACAUGGGCAGCUAUGUGCGCACGGCAAGAGAAGAAAGCAGCGACGUUGAAGAUGGUGUUGGGACGUCUGCCCCUUCUCACAGACUGCCUCUUGAAGUCGACAACGGCCCCAACAAGGCCCCUGAUGCCAGUGUGUCCGAGGAUGGGGACAACGAGGCCCUGUUGAGGGGGGAGUUUCACAGGCGGUCUGCCUGGAGGGAACUGCUUUACCUGGCGGGAUUUGUGGUAACAUCGGUGGUGCUAUUAUGUGGGGUUGUGGGAGGGGGAGUAUUCUUAUAUCUGGCAGUGUCAGCCGAGUCGGGGUUUCAUGACAGCAUACCCGGGCAUCUGGCGACGUCCCGCCUCAACCUCAGCGCCCGGCUGCCAGAUUCGCUCUUUCAAGGGGUCCCCCGAAACCUGCACUACACAGUAGAUGACAGGGACAUCACGGCCACAGAGACUGUUUUCAAUUACAACAACUUCUUCGAGUUCUCGACAGACAAGAGGGUAGCUAAGUUCAUCGGGCCUCGUGCAGCCGCGAUCGGGAUGACGCCCAACCCUGCCUGGACCGUGCGCUUCGACGGGCUGACGCAGGACGGGGCCUCCUUGGACGUGAACCUCGCCACCAUGCUCGCAAACACCGGCCCGCUAGAGGAGCGCCUCUACAGGCACAGGUGCGUCGAGGCGUGGAGCAUGGUCGUCCCGUGGAUCGGCUUUCCCCUCUCUCGGUUGCUGGACAUGGUCCCCCCCUCCGCGGACGCUCAGUACGUCCGCUUCGAAUCGUAUGCCGUCCGAGCGACCGCCAGCGCGUUCAGCGCGUACCAGUGGCCGUACGUGGAGGCGCUCACGCUCGCGGAGGCGCGCAACGAGCUCGCGUUCGUGGCCGUGGGCAUCUUCCAGCAGCCGCUGCCGCCGCAGAAUGGCGCCCCUCUGCGGCUGGUGAUCCCCUGGAAGUACGGCUUCAAGUCGAUCAAGACGAUCGUGCGCAUCAGCUACACUGCGGAGCGGCCGCGCACCUUUUGGGAGAAGGCGGACGGGGUGGAGUACGGCUUCUGGGCGAACGUGAAUCCGGACGUUCCCCAUCCCCGGUGGUCGCAAGCGUCGGAAUGGUCCAUACCGGACGGGCCUUCCUUGCCGACGAAGUUUUACAACGGCUAUGCUGAGUUCGUUGAACAUUUGUACGAUAAAUUACAGGACGAGAAUCUUUUUUUGAAAAGAUAGACAUGAUUGACUUUGACGAGUUCUCUUCUUACGGCCCCGCAUUCAAAACAAUCGACGUCAACUCGAAAGAGGGAUUGCCAUGCGAUGCAGGACUGUCUGCAUUAGAAUCACUGCGCGUUGCUAAAUUAUCCUUGAUGGCUGCAUGCCACGUUUUUUAUCAGAGCCUUGCAUGGGGCGGCUAGAGCUCAAUCCCCG